CAUUAAGUCUCCGCCCUCGACCCGGUUGAACCAAUAGCUUACUAGCAAUGUAGCAAUGUACUAGAAAUGUAGUUAAAGGCUGGCCAGACGGACGUCAAUGAAAGACUACUUGAUGUAAAGGUCACUUUGGAGAUAAAUUCAUCCGACGGAGAGGUGUUUUACUCAGGAAAUAUGACGAGGAAGAUCCAGGGAGCUUGUAGAUUAUGUCUGCAGCAUCUUCUCCAAAGACAUCCUGGCUCAUCACUGCAGAGUUCCAGAUCCUUGACUACACUCAGGGAAGGCAGACGCAGGGGACUGCUAUGGAAGACGCUCACCGCCGUCACCGUUGGCGUGCCGGCAGCGGCAGGAGUGAAGUAUGCCAUGUCAGAUUCGAGAGAGCGGCGAAAGAUGAGGAUAGUGAUGGAAGGAUUUGGUCGUUUUUGCAGGUCUCUGUCUGUGGGACUGUUCAUAUCUAUGGAUUACUGGUGGACCACCAAUGUGACUUUGCGAGGUCUGGAUGAGAGCAGCCCAUCCUACUUGGCCGGGAUGUCGGCGUGCCACCAGAGGGCAGCAGGGAGCAUGGUGGAUGGCGCGGUCAAGAACGGCGGCAUAUACAUCAAACUAGGCCAAGGUCUGUGUUCUUUUAACCACCUCCUGCCGCCAGAGUAUAUCCGCACGCUGCAGAUCCUAGAAGACAAAGCCUUGAACAGGAGGUACAAAGAGGUGGAUGCUCUUUUCCAAGAAGACUUCAAAAAAAGUCCAGAGGAGAUUUUUAAAACCUUUGACUAUGAGCCCAUAGCUGCUGCUAGCUUAGCGCAGGUUCACAAGGCGCAACUGUUUGAUGGAACCUCAGUUGCUGUGAAGGUGCAGUACAUCGACCUCAGGGACCGCUUUGAUGGAGACAUCAGAACCUUGGAGAUCCUACUGGAUAUCAUCAAGUUCAUGCAUCCCAGCUUUGGGUUCCGAUGGGUCCUCAAGGACCUGAAGGGCACGCUGGCUCAAGAGCUGGACUUUGAGAAUGAGGCGAGGAACUCUGAGAGGUGUGCAGACGAGCUGAAACACUUCAAGUUCCUCGUGGUGCCCAAAGUCUUCUGGGAGCAAACGAGUAAACGAGUGCUGACUGCAGAGUUUUGCAACGGCUGCAAGAUCAACAACGUGGAAGAAAUUAAAAGACAAGGAUUGAGCCUGAAAGAUACUGCAGAUAAACUGAUCCGAGCAUUCGCUGAGCAAAUCUUCUACACUGGUUUCAUCCAUGCUGAUCCCCAUCCUGGAAAUGUCCUUGUGAGGCGAGGACCUGACAACAAGGCAGAGUUGGUGCUGUUGGACCACGGCUUGUAUGAAUACCUCAGCCAAGACGAUAGGGUGGCGCUCUGUAAACUGUGGAGGUCCAUCGUUCUGCGAGAUGAGGCCGCAAUGGCGAAGUACUCCAAUGCCUUAGGGGUCAAAGAGUACUUCCUCUUCUGUGAGAUGCUGCUGCAGCGGCCCAUCAACAUGCGGGAGCUGCGUCUGUCCAACAUCCUGAGUCGGGAGGAGACGGCCUACAUGCGUCAGAUGGCCAUCCACCGCUUCAACAGCAUCAUGCAGGUGCUCAAGUCCAUGCCUCGCCCCAUGCUGCUGGUCUUCCGCAACAUCAACACAGUCCGAAGCAUCAACAUCACCCUGGGGGCCCCUGUUGACCGCUACUUCAUCAUGGCCAAGAGCGCGGUGCGAUGCUGGGGGAAGAUCCAGGCGGAGAGGACCAGCAUGCUGCAGAGAUUCCGGGUCAUACGUUGGUUGUGGACCAGAUGGGAGGGCCUCAAGUUUGAGCUGGCAUUAAGGACGGAGAUGGCAGCGAUGAGUGUUACCCGGUCACUCGUAAACCUGCUGAGCUACUUUGGUCUCAUCUCUCUGGACUCGGACCUGUACGAGUACCUGAGAUAGUUCUCCUACCUCACAAUGUGGACCUUUUCUUUAAAGCUUUGCAGUCGGACCGCCUGGCAAUCAGUAUCUACUCACACCGCCAAGUCUUUUAAAAGCCUACUGUAUGCUUUUAAUGAAGGAAAUGACACUUUUAAAGCCAACUAAAAUGUUUUAAGCUGCUGAAAUUGGUUUUGCAGCAGCGUACUUAGCCAAUAUUUUAAAUGUAAGAAUAUCUGCUUAUUAGUGAAUGAUAAUGAUUGUGUCAGUGAUGCAGUACUGUUUGUGUUGGGGUCCAUUCCUCUAUUGAGUAAAUCCUGACUUUCAAUGCUAAAAAAAAAAACAACAACCAAAUGUUCAUAAGUUAUUUUAACAAUAUUAAAUGAUUCUACCUCCUUUUUUCCCAAGCUACAGCUGU